AUGCUCAGCAGUUAUCAGUCAGCCCCCAUCGCUGGUGCAUUCUCUGUGGCAACACUUCUACCAAUCAGAGUCCACUUGGCAACCAACCAGCACCCUUUUCACAUCCAGUAUAAAUUGUUGUUUUCUCCUUGUAUUGAUAUUCUUACAAAGUGUCCUGACGAGUUUCAGGUUAAGGACACAACAGCACUGGAUAUUUUUGCAUUCGGAAUCUGUGCCUUGGAGAUGGCGGUGUUAGAGGUGCAGAGGAAUGCAGAGAACAACGUGUCACCCAAUUCCAUUGUUAACGCUACACAAUCUCUGGAGAACCCUUUGAUGAAGGAAUUUAUCCAGAAAUGUUUGGCUCGAGAUCCUUUGCAACGACCGAGUGCCCAUGAUCUUCUCUUCCAUCAAGUUCUCUUUGAGGUUCACUCACUCAAGCUGUUGGCUGCUCAUACCUUCAUCAACAACCAAUACCUGAUGCAGGAUAACUGUGUGGAGGAGAUGACCAAGAGGAUUAAUGGCAGUGCAGUGAUGGCAGAGAUUCAGCACCGGGAUCGUGCUGGGGUUCAGUGGAGAUAUUCCCAUGUAUCCACAUUGGAACUGGACAAGUUCCUGGAGGAUGUGAAGAAUGGAAUCCAUCCUUUAAUGAACUUUUCCUCCCAUCGCCCGCAUCAUCUGUUCUGGGCUCCGCACCAUCCCCCUGAAACUGCAGAGUCUGUGAAAUCUCCUGUUCCAGAAGCCCACGAGCAGGAGACCAGGAAGGUCAUUCAGAUGCAGUGCCAACUGGAGUUACAUGAAGACAACAUGAGAUGGCAUCUUACUCUCUUCUUGAAGUUGGAUGAUCGGUUGCACAGACAUCUGACCUGUGACCUUCUGCCAACCCCUGGUGAACUCCACUACCGACCCCGGCGAACUCCGCUACCGACCCCGGCGAACUCCGCUACCGACCCCAGCGAACUCCACUACCGACCCCGGCGAACUCCACUACUGACCCCGGCGAACUCCACUACCGACCCCCGCGAACUCCACUACCGACCCCCGACAAAUUCCUCUACCGACCCCUGGCUAAUUCCUCUACCAACACCCGGUGAACUCCACUAUCGAACCUGGCGAACUCCACUACCGACCCCGGUGAACUCCGCUACCGACCCCGGCGAACCCCGCUACCGACCCCGGCGAACUCCGCUACCGACCCCGGCGAACUCCACUACCGACCCCGGCGAACUCCGCUACCGACCGCGGCGAACUCCGCUACCGACCCCGGCGAACUCCGCUACCGACCCCCAGUGA